CGCGUCUGACAGCUGCAUAUCAACGUCUUCAGAGUUACCGAUUGCUCCCUUACGACAAUUCCUGGGAGCUUUUCUUUGGCUCAUCAAUUUAUUUGACCUUGGAAUGGGCCGUUGACCUAUUCACUUCCCCUAGGAUGACCUCGCGUCUAGUCCUGGUCAUCGGUGACCUCUUUAUCCCUGACAGAGCUCCCGAUCUCCCGGCAAAGUUUCGGAAGCUCCUCACGCCAGGCAAGAUUGGCCAGAUUCUGUGUCUGGGUAAUUUGACCGAUCGCAGCACAUUCGAGUUUCUCCGUCAGGUUGCGCCGGACCUACAGUUGGUCAAAGGCGAUUUCGAUGUCGAUUCUCCCAACCUGCCUCUCUCGAAAGUUGUGACCCAUGGAAGCCUUCGUAUCGGUUUCACCCAUGGCCACACAAUCAUUCCCCAAGGUGAUGCAGAUGCGCUCCUCAUUGCGGCUCGCCAGAUGGAUGUAGACAUUUUACUAUGGGGUGGUACUCAUCGAUUCGAAGCUUUCGAAUUGGAGGGGAGGUUCUUCGUGAAUCCGGGCAGUGCCACUGGGGCUCUCAGCACAGGAUACUGGCCAGAAGGAGAGGAACCGACACCCAGCUUCUGUCUAAUGGAUAUCCAGGGUGACGUCCUAGUGCUGUAUGUCUACCAGCUGAAGACGGACUCGAACGGAGUCGAGACUGUUGCUGUCGAGAAAGUCUCUUAUCGAAAAAAUAGCGUCCUUUCCUCAUGAACUGAUCCUUUCUUGCUUGCCUGUGCUUAUGAUAUAGAUACCGACUGUGUUAUGACGUCAAUGCUCAUGAAAUAAUAAACCUCUAAUAUCAGAGCCUAGUACACACCAGCAGUCCAAAUAUAGCAGCCCUGUAUAUAAGUUUAUGGUUGUGCUUGUCUUAUGCAAUGCAUCAAUGCACCCAAGAAACAG